AUGCACCAGCCCUUCCUGCCUGCCGCUCUGCAGCACUACGUCCUCACUGCUGCUUCAAUCCACAUCGCAGAACGAAAUCAGCCUCGGUGUCAGCGUCGGACCGCGGAGCCCCGGACCCCGUGCUGGCCGCCCGGCGCGGUGGGAAGCGGGUUUCACCCGUCCCGUGCCUCACGCCUCCGGCUGUACAGGGGUUCCCGUCAGAGCGGUUUCGAAAGCGCUAAAAGAAUUAGAUUAUUGAAUUUGUCAUCAAAAGAUAAUAAGACUGCUUUCUAUGGAAUAAAUGAGUUUUCUCACCUGUUUCCUGAGGAGUUCAAAGCUAUUUACUUAAGAAGCAUACCUCACAAACUUCCCAGAUACAUAAAAGUGCCAAAGGGAAAGGAAAAACCUUUGCCAAAGAAGUUUGACUGGAGGGACAAGAAAGUCAUUGCAGAAGUGAGAAAUCAGCAAACAUGUGGAGGCUGCUGGGCUUUCAGCGUUGUGGGUGGUAUAGAGUCUGCCUAUGCAAUUAAAGGAAAUAACCUGGAAGAACUCAGCGUACAGCAGGUUAUUGACUGUUCAUACAAUAAUUACGGCUGCAGCGGGGGAUCCACUGUUAGUGCUUUGAGCUGGCUGAACCAGACAAAAGUAAAACUUGUGAGAGAUUCAGAAUACACUUUUAAAGCUCAGACAGGACUGUGCCAUUAUUUUGGUCACUCAGAUUUUGGAGUUUCAAUAACAGGAUUUGCUGCAUAUGACUUCAGCGGUCAGGAAGAAGAAAUGAUGAGGAUGCUUGUUAACUGGGGCCCUUUGGCAGUAACAGUAGAUGCGGUUAGCUGGCAGGAUUAUCUUGGUGGGAUCAUACAGUAUCACUGCUCCAGUGGAAGAGCAAAUCAUGCUGUUCUAAUCACUGGUUUUGACAGAACAGGUAGUAUCCCUUACUGGAUUGUACAGAACUCUUGGGGGUCCACAUGGGGAAUAGAUGGCUAUGUUCGUGUUAAGAUAGGCGGCAAUGUCUGUGGUAUAGCAGAUACAGUUUCGUCAGUAUUUGUUUGACACUUACUGGCCAAAGACCACGAUCAUCGUUUGGAUAGUAGUUUGGCACACACUUUAUGUGAAGAUUUGCUUCAACAUUUUCUAAA